GCAGCGAAUGUGGUUGUCCUCAAUUCCUCGUCGAGAGUAAACUGCCAACAAAAUGUCGCGGGAUUCUCUCUCCAACUUUCUUCUUUCCCCACUUUGUUCUCUUUUUCUCUUAUCUUUUUGUAUCUUCCCGAGGUCCUUGUCUCCUGAACCUUUACCAUUCUUCAACACUCCCUCUCUUCCACCCCCGUCAAAGGUUUCAUAUAUUUCCUGGUCUCUCUUUCACACUCACGCCCCUCCAUUCUAUCUGCCCAACCUUUCUCGUCGCUUGGUUCUCUGCUACAGACUUGUAAGUCCUGUUAAUUCCAUCUUUUAUUUAGAUCUCCUCAAACCGUCAUUAUUUUUAUUUUCCUGGAUAUGUGUCCAUUGGUUUUGUUUCUUCUUCUUCUCUGCAACUCCCAUUGUCUAGUGGGUUCUUUGAAUGAUGAAGGCUAUGCACUUUUGUCGUUCAAAGGGCGCAUUACAGUAGACCCGGAAGGGUCUCUGAGUAACUGGAACUCUUCUGAUGAGAGCCCUUGUUUGUGGAACGGGAUUACAUGCAAAGAACAAAGGGUUGUUUCUAUUAGCAUUCCAAAGAAGAAACUUUAUGGGUUUCUUCCUUCUACUCUUGGAGCUCUCUCUCAGCUCCGCCAUGUAAAUCUGAGGAACAAUAAGUUGUUUGGAAGCUUGCCUGUUGAGCUCUUUGAAGUUCAGGGGCUACAAAGUCUGGUACUGUAUGGGAAUCUCUUAUCUGGGUCCGUGCCUAGUGAGAUUGGGAAGCUCACAUACCUCCAAACCUUAGAUUUAUCCCAGAAUUUCUUUAAUGGGUCUUUACCGAGUUCAGUUGUUCAAUGCAAGAGACUCAGAAUCCUUGAUCUCAGUCAAAAUAAUCUCACCGGUUCUCUGCCAGAUGGAUUUGGAACUGGUUUGGUUUCUCUGGAAAAACUUGAUCUUUCAUUCAAUAUAUUCAAUGGUUCAAUUCCUAGUGAUAUUGGAAAUUUGUCCAGGUUGCAAGGUACGGUUGAUUUAUCUCACAAUCGUUUCUCUGGAUCAAUCCCAGCCAGCCUUGGAAACCUUCCUGAGAAGGUAUAUAUUGAUCUCACUUAUAACAAUUUGAGCGGGCCUGUACCUCAAAAUGGUGCACUAAUGAACAGAGGACCAACAGCUUUUAUUGGGAAUUCUUGGCUCUGUGGCCCUCCACUGAAGAACCCAUGUUCUUCAGAUACAAACAGUGCGAGUUCACCUUCCUCCAUUCCAUUUUUGCCAGAUAAUUACCCACCUGAGAAUCCUGAUGACAGUGCUGGAAAGAAAGCAAGAGGCUUAAGUAAGAGCGCUGUAACUGCGAUUGUAGUGGGUGAUGUAAUCGGCAUUUGCCUCGUUGGAUUGCUGUUCUCGUCUUGUUAUGCAAGGAUUUGUGCUUGUGGUAAGGGUAAGGAAGAAAAUGAUUAUGGUUUUGAGAAGGGGGGUAAGGGAAGGAAGGAUUGUUUGUGCUUUAGGAAGGAUGAAUCAGAGACUUUAGAAAAUGUUGAGCAGUAUGACCUUGUGCCAUUGGAUACGCAGGUGGCUUUUGAUUUGGAUGAGCUUCUUAAGGCAUCGGCUUUUGUUCUAGGAAAGAGUGGAAUUGGAAUUAUGUACAAAGUUGUCCUUGAAGAUGGGCUUACCUUAGCUGUGAGAAGGUUGGGUGAGGGAGGUUCUCAGAGAUUUAAAGAGUUUCAGACAGAAGUAGAAGCAAUUGGAAAAGUAAGGCAUCCUAAUAUUGUAACAGUAAGAGCCUAUUAUUGGUCUGUUGAAGAGAAACUGCUCAUCUAUGAUUAUCUGCCCAGUGGAAACCUUGCUACUGCAAUUCAUGGGAAACCUGGAAUGAUAUCAUUUACACCACUAUCGUGGUCUGUUCGAUUGAAAAUUAUGAAAGGAAUUGCAAAAGGGUUGGUAUAUUUGCAUGAGUUUAGCCCCAAAAAAUAUGUACAUGGAGACCUGAAGCCGAGUAAUAUAUUGCUUGGAGAGAAUAUGGAACCGCACAUCUCUGAUUUUGGACUUGGGCGCCUUGCUAAUAUUGCUGGAGGGUCCCCAACCCUGCAAUCUAAUCGAAUGGCCACUGAGAGACCACAAGAAAGACAACAUAAGAGUGCAACCUCAGAAGUUACUACGAUUAGCUCAGGUACUAGUAUAGGAUCUAAUUAUCAAGCUCCUGAGGCACUUAAAGUGGUCAAACCCUCACAGAAAUGGGAUGUUUAUUCAUUUGGGGUGAUCCUACUGGAAAUGAUUACCGGAAGAUUGCCCAUUGUUCAUGUGGGUACCUUAGAGAUGGAUAUUGUGCAAUGGAUUCAGCUCUGCAUUGAAGAAAAGAAGCCACUUUCAGAUGUUUUGGAACCAUAUUUGGCUCUAGAUGCAGAUAAUGAAGAGCAGAUGAUUGCAGUUCUAAAGAUUGCAAUGGCUUGUGUUCAUAGCAGCCCUGAAAGCAGACCAGCAAUGAGACAUGUGUAUGAUGCUUUAGACAGACUUACCAUGACCACUGAUUGAGAAGCCCCAUACAAUUAUGAAUUUGAUCAUUGAUGUAGCUUGUCAUUUCACUGAGAUAUACACAGGGUAGCUGAAUUUUCCUAAAUUCA